GAUUUCGAUUUGCAUUGACAUUUACACACCCAGUUACUGGAGGGUAUUUUGACUACAGAAUGAAACAGCGUCUGCGCACGACGAAGGACAGCAAAUUCGUAGGAGGGGAAUUGUUGAUUUUCAGAGCGAUUUUAAGGCGACAAUUAUGCACACCUUGUGAAAAGACAGUGGAAAUUUCUUUCAAAUCCAGUAAAAGCGUCUACUACCAUCGGCACACUCACUCAAGUAGGCGUUCUGUUGCCAGCCUGAAAACAGGGCUAAAAAGGUAUCAAGGGAUCCUCUUGGCGACGUUAAAACUUUCACGCGGUGCUUCGUUCUCUGUGCGGAUGUGAGUGUCUUUAAUGCCUUAUGAUAUUGAAAUUAAGCCUUCUGAGCUGUUUUCCGCGGUUCAGUGAGCGGCGGUGUACAGCAAUCGUCAAGAACUCGGCCGUCUAUGUCUCGUAACUGGAGUCACCCAUUCUAUCUCCAAGGAGGUCACGCGUGCAAAGGCAAGUUCUCCCAGGCAGGUUUCGGUUGCCGCCUGGACUACAAACUACCUAAAAAGACAAAGGUCCCAGAGAGACAGGCUGUAAAAAGUGGAGCAUCCUUCAUUGGCCAAGAGUAUGUGAGGGAGCUGCACAUGCAAACGCUUACACGCACUUGUUUAAGCUUCGUGUCUGUCGUUCACGGGGUCCCGUUGUCUCAGUUCUGCGAGCUAGCUAGGCAAGGUCGAGUCUAUGGUCAGGGAAUGUUUCAUGAUGUUGGUGUCAAAACUCCCGGAUUCCCAACAUUAUGCGGAGAGUUGAAACGGCGGAAAAGAACGCUCAUAGGAGACUGUUUCUUCCGUGAUCAUCGCCGGACAUGUUGCCUGAUGAUUUGGAAUCAAAUCAUCCCAUCCGGGUUCUCCUGCCCCGCACUACCCCUGCUUUACCCAUCCUUUUUCGAAAUGGCCUCAAAUCAUCAUCGUUUGCGCUAG